AAUGUAGCCUCUUAAGGCAAGAUCUCCUAUUUCCAUCUUUUAAGAUGUAAAGAAAUUGAAUUAGAGAUCGUAAGAGCUUAGCCAAGGUCAUACUACUCACUUGAGCUAGGUGUUGCAUCCAUCCUGCUAAGAAUCAAAUGCCAGAGCCAAACUUUUAUUUCCCUUUUGGAUUCCUGCUUUGCAGAGAGAGCAAUGGCAGCCCGAGUACUUGUAAUUGGCAGCGGUGGAAGGGAACACGCACUGGCCUGGAAACUUGCACAGUCUAAUCAUGUCAAACAUGUGUUGGUUGCCCCAGGAAAUGCAGGCACUUCCUCCUUGGAAAAGAUUUCAAAUACUGCCAUCUCGAUCAAUGACCACACAGCCCUUGCUCAGUUCUGCAAAGAUGAGAAAAUUGAAUUCGUAGUUGUUGGACCAGAGGCACCUCUGGCUGCUGGAAUUGUUGGGAACCUGACGUCUGCAGGAGUCCAAUGCUUUGGUCCCACUGCAGAAGCAGCUCAGUUAGAGUCCAGCAAGAGAUUCGCCAAAGAGUUUAUGGACCGACAUGGGAUCCCAACUGCACGGUGGAGAGCUUUCACCAAACCUGAAGAAGCCUGCAGCUUUAUAAUGAGUGCAGACUUCCCUGCUUUGGUUGUGAAGGCCAGUGGUCUUGCGGCUGGAAAAGGAGUGAUUGUUGCCAAGAGCAAAGAAGAGGCCUGCAGGGCUGUACAGGAGAUCAUGCAGGAUAAAGCUUAUGGAGCAGCUGGAGAAACAGUUGUCAUUGAAGAACUUCUGGAAGGAGAAGAGGUGUCUUGUCUGUGCUUCACUGAUGGAAGGACCGUGGCCCCCAUGCCCCCAGCACAAGACCAUAAGCGAUUGCUGGAGGGAGAUCACGGCCCCAACACAGGGGGGAUGGGAGCCUAUUGUCCAGCACCUCAGGUUUCUAAGGAUUUGUUCCUGAAAAUAAAAAAUACCAUUCUUCAGAGGACAGUGGAUGGCAUGCAGCAAGAGGGUAUGCCAUACACAGGUGUUCUCUAUGCUGGUAUAAUGCUGACCAAGGAUGGCCCAAAAGUUCUGGAGUUCAAUUGCCGUUUCGGUGAUCCAGAGUGCCAAGUGAUCCUCCCGCUUCUUAAAAGUGAUCUUUAUGAAGUGAUUCAGUCUACCUUGGAUGGCCUGCUCUGUACAUCUCUGCCUGUUUGGUUUGAAAACUGCACUGCAGUAACUGUCGUGAUGGCAAGUAAAGGCUAUCCGGGAGAUUACACCAAGGGUGUGGAGAUAACAGGGUUUCCUGCGGCUCAAGCUUUAGGACUGGAGGUGUUCCACGCAGGCACUGCCCUGAAAGAUGGCAGAGUGGUGACUAACGGGGGUAGAGUCCUUACGGUCACAGCGAUCAGGGAAAAUCUCAUCUUGGCCCUUGAAGAAGCCAAAAAAGGACUAGCUGCUAUAAAGUUUGAGGGAGCCAUUUACAGGAAGGACAUAGGCUAUCGUGCCAUAGCUUUUCUCCAGCAGCCCAGGGGCCUGACUUACAAGGAAUCUGGGGUAGACAUUGCAGCUGGAAAUAUGCUGGUCAAGAAAAUUAAACCUUUAGCAAAAGCUACCUCCAGACCAGGCUGUGAUGUUGAUCUUGGAGGUUUUGCUGGUCUUUUUGAUUUGAAAGCAGCUGGUUUCAAAGAUCCUCUUCUGGCAAGUGGAACAGAUGGUGUUGGAACUAAACUGAAGAUUGCCCAGCAGUGUAACAAACAUGAUACCAUUGGUCAAGAUCUGGUUGCAAUGUGUGUCAAUGACAUUCUGGCCCAAGGGGCAGAGCCCCUUUUCUUCCUCGAUUACUUUUCCUGUGGAAAACUUGACCUUAAUACAACUGAAGCUGUUGUCGCUGGAAUCGCCAGAGCCUGUGGAAAAGCUGGAUGUGCUCUCCUUGGAGGUGAAACUGCAGAAAUGCCUGACAUGUAUCCUCCGGGAGCAUAUGACCUAGCUGGUUUUGCCGUUGGUGCCAUGGAGCGGGAUCAGAAACUCCCUCACCUGGAAAGAAUCACUGAAGAGGAUGUUGUUGUUGGAGUAGCUUCAUCUGGUCUUCAUAGCAAUGGAUUUAGCCUUGUAAGGAAAAUUGUAGCAAAAUCUUCCCUCCAGUACUCAUCUCCAGCACCUGAAGGCUGUGGUGAUCAGACCUUAGGGGACUUACUUCUUACUCCAACCAGAAUCUACAGCCAUUCACUGCUACCUGUCCUACGUUCAGGACACAUCAAGGCCUUUGCCCAUAUUACUGGUGGAGGAUUGCUAGAAAACAUCCCCAGAGUCCUUCCUCAGAAGUUUGGGGUGGAUUUAGAUGCCCAGACCUGGAGGGUCCCCAGGAUCUUCUCAUGGUUACAGAAGGAAGGACACCUCUCUGAGGAAGAAAUGGCCAGAACAUUUAACUGUGGGAUUGGGGCUGCCCUCGUGGUGUCAAAGGAUCUGGCAGAGCAGAUUCUGAGAGAUAUUAAGCAGCACAAGGAAGAAGCUUGGGUGAUUGGCAAGGUGGUGGCAUGUCCUGAAGGUUCUCCUCGUGUGAAAGUCAAGAAUUUGAUAGAAACCAUGCAAAUAAAUGGGUCAGUAUUGGAAAAUGGCACCGUGAAAAAUCAUUUCUCUGUCCAGUCAAAAAAGGCGAGAGUGGCUGUCUUAGUAUCUGGAACAGGAUCAAACCUGCAAGCUCUCAUAGACAGUACUAGGGAGCCAAGUAGCUGUGCGCACAUUGUCGUCGUCAUCUCCAACAAAGCCGCAGUGGCUGGCUUAGAUAAAGCGGAGAGAGCUGGAAUUCCCACCAGAGUAAUUAAUCAUAAAUUAUAUAAAAGUCGGGUAGAAUUUGACACUGCAAUUGACCAAGUCCUUGAAGAGUACUCCACAGACAUAGUCUGUCUUGCAGGAUUCAUGAGAAUUUUAUCUGGCCCCUUUGUCAGGAAAUGGGAUGGGAAGAUGCUCAACAUCCACCCAUCCUUGCUCCCAUCUUUUAAGGGUUCAAAUGCCCACGAGCAAGCCCUAGAAGCCGGCGUCACAGUCACCGGGUGUACUGUGCACUUUGUAGCUGAAGAUGUAGAUGCUGGACAGAUUAUUUUACAAGAAUCUGUGCCAGUGAAGAGAGGUGACACUGUUGCAACUCUGUCUGAAAGAGUGAAAUUAGCAGAGCACAAAAUAUUCCCUGCAGCCCUCCAGCUGGUAGCCAGUGGAGCUGUACGGCUUGGAGAAAAUGGCAAGAUUUGUUGGGUCACAGAGUGAAGCCUCCCAACCUGGGAAUAGAGCCACUUCUGAAAGAAGUCUAGCUGUGUGCAUGGUGUCUUUUAUCACGGGCUCCAUGGAGAAGAACAAAUACUAAAAAAGAGGUCUUCAUUCUCACCCCUGGCCAUUUUUUUAAGGAAUAGAGAUUCAUUAAAAACAAGACUGGUACAGCAUAGCUAAGAGCUAUGUGUCACCACCAGUCGUCUUUCAGGGUUUACCUGUUCUGGACCUUCUUGUUCACAACCAAGUUGCUCAUUCAGAAUUCUUUCGCUUUCAGCCAGACAAGAUACCAGAACUCUUGGUCUUCUUCUUCUGAAUGAUACCACCUCCAUUUUUUGUAGUUAAAUGUGCUCUGGUAUUUGAAGAGUUAACCCACAGAACUCCCAAGUUACUGUCUCUCCCCUAUAUUUUGUAAUCUGUACUGGUUUGAAUUGAAACUUCUCUAAUUAUCCUGAUCAUGAUUUAGUGUCACAGAAUUUGUGUGUAGCUCCCAUUUCUGAGGGAUAACAUACUUUGUGCUUUGAAAUAUCAUUAAACAUCCCUCUAAUUAUUGGCAGUUUGUAUACUACUCGGAUUGUAGCUUCACAGUUAUUCUGUAUGUUAUCAACAUCCUUACUUUUAUAAAUACUAGAAGGUUAUAGGGAGAGUUUUGGUGGCAUCCAGAUUCAAGCAUAGGACUGAGGCAUGUUACUCAUCCUCUCUGUCUCUGUGUCCCCAGCUACUGACACAGGCAAAUGCCUGUCAUGGUGGUUUUGAUAAUUAAGUUAAUAUAUAUGAAAUGCCAAAAACCGGGCUUGGCCCAGAGUAGGCCCUCAAAGGUCAGCAUUUACUUCAUAGCUCUUCCCGGUUAUGAAAGUUCUUGUAAUUCACUACUCUUUCAACAAAUACAUCUGAACAUAAGAUUGAGAAUGGUAAUAAACAGAAUACUGGAAGCGUGCUAGGUGCUGUUUGGGAGGAGUGAGGGCAAAUGGAGGGCAGUGCUCCCAGACUAGUAAAGAGCAGAAUGGCACUGCAUAUGUUUUCCACUCUGGCCAUUCAUUUCCAGUCUGGAUAUACAACUCUGGAACUGGGAGGUAUAGGUUGACCUAUUAGGCACAUGUACAUGACCCCAAGCUUGGUACCACAUUUCUCCCAUAGCAGAGUGAACAAGGAAUGACCAUCCAGCCCCGAAGCAGCCGGCAAUCCUUCCAGUGCUGGGCAGCCUUCCAAGUGAUGUGGCCUAAGACCCGCCUGCCCGGCAGGAGUGUGCCUGACUCGCAGCUUACCUGGAGGCCCCGUUCGAAUCCUCCCUUGGAGUUUAAACUCAAGACCUCACAGCAGAGCAGUCAUUUUAUACAGAAGAUACAAAUUCUAGCCUUACAAAAGGAAAGAGUAGGCGAGUAAGAGGAGAGGCACCUUCCCCAAUAGACCUUAAUCACUGCCUCUGGUGCAGGUAGGUUCCCCAGACCCAGGCAGCUGGCCAGUGAUGUCGCUUUUACUCACAGACCACAGUCGGCCAGGCCAUCAAAUUGGAGGUUCGGGUGCAUCAUUUCACAUAGUCCCUUUGCUGUAAAAACAACGGAUCCAUUUGUUCUGGAGAGUACGCGUGACAUUAAAUACCUAUUAUGUACAUGCCAAACAUUGUCCUGUGAAGUUUACAGAAAGUUAAAAGAUAGAAAGGAAAAUGUUAUUGGUGGAUAAAAUCACAAACUUUAAUAAAAGUAGAGGGGGUCCAACUGUUCAUCAGCACUGCUGGUCGUAAGAAGUGGAAGGAUUCAAGGGCGAGUUCCAGAACAAGUAAGCCAAACGUUCUAAAGAGGAGUGUGAAAUUUCUAAGAGAAACUUCAUGUUUCUAAACUUCAUGUCUCUAAAUGUUCCUUCUCAAAUUUUUUACUUAAUCCUUUUUAACUGCUACACAAACUUAUAAAGUAUAAUAUGGUAUCUAGUCAUAAUAAAGUUUAAUAACUGGUA